GACUCAGUCCCGCCUUUGUUCGGCAAAGAACCGAACUGAGCAUCGUUGGAUGAAACCCUAACUCGACGAGAUAGAAUCCUCCUUGACUCACCCGAGUCGUCUCGAAGCUGCUGAAAUUAGAUAAGGUGGGCUUCCCUCCGAUCGUUUUAUCAUGCGACAGACUGAAACUAUUCCUUGAUCAGCGGAUUUGGAUAGUUUUAUCAAGGUUCGGUUUUUCCCAAAAAUGACUCGGAAACGAUAUCAAGAAACCCAAGCAGGCUUCCAGUUGUUGAAAUCGAUAAAUGCGGACAAGUAUUUGAAGAAGAUAGGAUUAGGCAAAGAAGACUACCACUUUUGGAAGCAAGUUGGGAAGGCACUGCUGUGCACUUACACUCUCUUCGGCGUCGCGUGGCUUUACAACGAAACUUCCCCACUGGGGUGGUGGACGUUGAAGCCUAGGCCGAAGGAAGAGAGAGAGCUAGCCCAUUUAUAUGAGCGGAGGGAGUUUCCUUAUCCUGGUGACGCUGAGGCAAUGGAAGAGUUUGUUGCUAAAGGAGGCAUGAUUGGAACUACCAUUGGUCCUAAAGGGAUCGUAGAAACGGAUAAAGAUUCCUUUAAUUAUCAGAAGGAGAUGCAGAACAAGAAGUUUGAGCAGGAAGCAUUAAAGCUGUGGCUCAGGAUGAGGAAUGAGGUUGUUGCAGAGCUUCAGGAGAAAGGGUAUGAUGUUGAGUGAGUGCUUCCUACUAUAGCAUUUAGUGAAUCUGUGAGGGUUUCUGUAUGCAUUUCUAUAUAUCUUGUUUGAAUAUUGAGUUUCGUGGACGAUCUCAGUUAUGUUUAAUAUCCAUGUCUUGUUAACCCUUUUAAAUGCUG